AUGAGGUCUUAUGGAACACAAUUUGCUGCAGAUGAUGAGGAUCGCAUUAUUAUAGAAGCCCAUGCAAUUCAUGGAAACAAAUGGGCUUCAAUUGCGAAAAUCCUGCCUGGUAGAACAGAUAAUGCAAUUAAGAACCACUGGAACUCUACACUGAGGCGCAGGGGCAUGGAGCCCAGCAGGUUUAAACCGGCAUCUGGAAGCAUGAUGGAACACUGCAGCCUCGACAAAAUUAAGGCAUCUUCAGAAGAAACCUUGUCAAGCGCUGAAAUUAAUUCAUUCAAAUCUUCAAAUGGAAGAGAUGUGAGCAAGAUGGACAUUAGACCCAACCAAUGUGAACAAGAAGCUCAAAUAAAGGAGGAUGAUAAUGUGGCUGAAGAGAACCAUCCCAAUCUUUCUGAAAAGAACCAUCCCACCUUUUCUGAAAAGACACAUCCUACCCUUAGUCGUCCAAUAGCGAAAAUUGGUGCAUUUGAUAUUUAUAAUCCUCCAUGUGGAGCAGCAGCUGGCACUGUGCAUUCAAGGCCUGUCCCGAUGCAGGGGCCUAUGAUCCAGGCCUGCAAACCAGAUUUUGGGAUAGGCAAAUUUCUUGAAGGUGUCAGUGGUGAGCCGAUGAUUCCUUCAAGAUGUGGUCAUGGUUGCUGUGCAACUCCAAACGGGGGCCUUUCUCAGAGCUCAUUGUUGGGGCCCGAGUUUGUUGAAUAUGAGGAACUUCCCCCCUUUUCAAGUCACGAGUUUGCCACCAUAGCUACAGAUUUGAACAACAUUGCAUGGAUUAAAAGUGGCCUUGAAAAUGCUGGCACUAGUGUACCAAACAAUUCCAUGGGGGAAAGAGGGUCUCAAGAUGCUUCAGUGCAAAUGGGUAUUUUUAGACAGAGCAUGAAAAGUGAUCACUUCUGCUUUGAGGAGGGACGGAACAAGUUGAUGGGCAUGAUGACAGACGUGUCUACCCAGAUACCUAUUGCAAAUUUUGCAUUUCCAGCUGAACUUGAAGGCUUGAGCUGAAACCUAUGAGUUUUUUCCUUUUCAGAUUGGUGUUCUACUUAGACCAGCAUAGAAACUAUGGCAAGCUGUAGGUUUGACCUUGCAAAGAGGCAUUUUCUUUGCUGCGGAAAAGAUGAUGAACCUUUUGGUUUUUGUUAGUGUUUUAUGUCCACUAUUUAGGUAUGGUUUCCAUGGUUGAUGCGUAGAUUGUGACCAUUGGAACGAUAUGAACUCGUCUAAUUCUAGUACAUCAGUGUUCCCCUCUUGCAAGUUAUGUAUAGAGACAGUCAUCAAACACCUCGCCAGAACUAGUGAAUUCUGGGUGUCCAUUUGGAGCACUGGCAGAGGUCAUAAAGGAGGGUGUUGUGUUGUUUAUUAGAGUUGGUUGAAUUUUUUGCCUUUCUGGUAAGGACAUAUGCUUUAGAUCCUGUAUUUACAGAAGAAAUGUCUGUUUAUUAGGCUAAUCACAUAACUAGACAAACGAUGUUGGUUUAUUUUUGCUUAUCCCAUUUGGUGUUAAUAUCCAUAUUUAGAGAAAAA